CCUGGCCAAAGAAUCAAGUUGUAAGAAGCCAUCCAAAAAGAGAGCCUCCCUUUUCAAAUCAUUAAUAUGGCUGACGCUGCAUCUGUCACUAUCAGAACUCGCAAGUUCCUCACCAACCGUUUACUCCAACGUAAGCAAAUGGUCGUCGAUGUCAUUCAUCCCGGACUUGCCAAUGUCUCCAAGGAUGAACUUCGUGCCAAGAUUGCCAAAAUGUACAAGGCCGAAAAGGAAGUCGUUUCCGUCUUUGGCUUCAAGACUCACUUUGGUGGUGGAAAGACCACUGGUUUUGCCUUGAUCUAUGACAACCUCGAAGCUUUGAAGAAGUUCGAGCCUAGAUACCGUCUCGUCCGUUACGGUCUUGCUGAACCUCCUAAGGGUGGUCGUAAGCAACGCAAGGAAAAGAAGAACCGUGAAAAGAAGUUCCGUGGUGUCAGAAAGACUAAGAAGGUCAGAAAGGAAUAAGAGCUAUCUUUUACCAAUAAAAGACUAUACGUAUAUUUUGUUUAUAUAUAUACACGCACACACGCACGUACAACACAACGCUCGAUCACAUACGAUACACUCACAUACACAAAUGAGAGACGGAUAGAAAGUGAAUAUGCAGAAUUGGUUUUAAACUGAACUUUUUAAUGAUAUACAACAUUCUUAAAAUUAUAUAAAAGAGCAACUAAAAGAAGC